AUGAGCAUCGGCCCUCUCAGAUUCCUCCGGCGUCGGAGCGGAGUCAACCUCGGCAGUCCAAUUCAUCCCGACCUCAUUACUCAUUCACCUCCCAGCACGCGACUUUCUUCCAUUCCUCCACACUUCCCCGGAUUCUGGAGAGAACGCCUACAGUCCCUUAUUCCCACUGCUUUCUCGGCCUUCUGGCCUCAAGACACUAUGUGGAAGCCGUCGGAGCGUCUGAUGGACACCAUCAGGCACUAUGCCAGCUUCCCCGCAACCGGAGUUUCUCUGAGGCAGAUGGUGCAGUUUGGCGACCGUCCCUCGACCGGAACUCUCUUUCGCGCCUCCCAAUUCCUCUCCGAAGAGCUUCCCAUCCGUCUGGCGCACCGUGUCCAAGAUCUUGGCGAAUUGCCGGAUGGACUGAGUGAAAUGCCCUCGAUCAAAAAGGUGCAGGACUGGUAUGCGCAAUCAUUCGAGGAAAUCAUCACCCUCUCCCGACCCUCUUUAAGCCAAGAAGUCAAAACUCGCCUCUUGCGACCGGGCCGUUUAAACGGCAGCUCAUCUAAAAUCCUCGCCGAAGCAACCUGGAACCCUAGUGUGAAGGAAGGUCAAUACCGAUCAUCCCCAAUAAACGUUCUUCCCAACAGUAAUGGAAAAGCCGCCGCGGCUGCCGGUCGCCGAUACUUCGUCCCCGCAGACGACCAUGCAGAGUGGCCACCCGAGCUAAACGACUACAACCAACGAUUUGCCAAAUGCCUACAACAAAUUAAACGCCGCCACGAUGGUGUAGUUACCACCGUGGCACAAGGUAUCCUAGAAUGGAAGCGCGUGCGACAACGCAUGCAAAUCGACUCGACAAUUCAAUCCUUCCUAGAUCGCUUCUACAUGUCUCGAAUUGGUAUACGAAUGUUAAUCGGUCAACACAUUGCGCUCACGGAACAAACGCACGUUAAACAUCCGCACUAUGUGGGAAUCAUCUGCACAAAGACAAAUGUAAAAGACAUUGCGCUUGAAGCAAUUGAUAAUGCCCGUUUCGUCUGUGAGGAUUACUAUGGUCUUUUUGAAGCUCCUAAGGUACAGCUGGUCUGCCGGGAUGACCUCAACUUCAUGUACGUCCCCGGACACUUGUCACACAUGCUUUUUGAAACAUUGAAGAACUCCCUUCGUGCCGUUGUAGAACGACAUGGUGCCGACCGAGACUCUUUCCCUGUUACAAAGGUCAUUGUUGCCGAGGGCAAGGAGGAUAUCACGAUCAAGAUCUCCGAUGAAGGUGGUGGUAUUCCACGAUCCUCGAUCCCUCUUGUAUGGACCUAUAUGUACACGACUGUUGAGCAAACCCCCAAUUUGGAUCCGGACUUCGACAAGAACGACUUCAAGGCUCCAAUGGCUGGUUUCGGCUACGGUCUACCAAUCAGUCGACUGUACGCUCGUUACUUCGGUGGUGAUUUGAAGCUAAUCAGCAUGGAAGGCUACGGAACCGAUGUCUACCUCCAUUUGAACCGUCUUUCAUCAAGCUCGGAGCCCCUGCAAUGA